CAAGAAUUGAAAAGGAGGUAGUAGCUCAAGAUAAAAAUAUCCUACCACCCAGAUAUAUUCAAUGUGAAAACGUUCUGCAAUCCUGUAGUUUUAACAGUAACGUUACACCGCGUGCUUUUAACCGCAGUUAUCUAUGGCUGAGGGUUUAAACAUUGACUUUAUUCCACCAAAGCUGUAUGUUUCUUGCAGCGAACCUAUUAUCAAUUAUUCUAAAAAGCAAGUCUCCUAUUUGUGGAAACUUCGAAGGACUUGGAGUUAUCAAAAUGAUGACAUACUUCUAAGUCAUAUGAUCCACAUUCGAUUUAAAAACCAGUUGCGCCACUUUCUGUUUUUCAAAUCAUUCUGCUCGGUUCGACGCAUUCUGACACAAAUUUGUGAUGGUUCUGUUUUUUUUAAUGGAAUUUCAAAUUUCAUCAACAUGUCUACAAAAUGUCCGAAAGGGCAUCAUGUUAGUGGACACACUUUGGAUCAUGUACUAGUGUGUUUAAUUCACCUAUAUAAGAAGAUAGAGGUACUUUUGACGCGUUUAAUUUCUUGUUGGAGGUCAUGCAAUGCACAAUUUACUACUGGACACUUCACGAAAGUUCUCUUGUUAAUUAUGACAGUCAUUUCAAGUUUGAGGUUGCAAGCUAUUAACUCUCUUGAUGAAGUUAAUUGUUGCUAUGAAAAUCUAUUUGCCUUGAGAAGAUCAUUAACAAACUUUAUAACUUGGGUAAUUUAUGUAUAUACUUCAUUUUUUUUAGUUACCUUUUAAUAUUACUUUACCACCUUCUCUAGGACAUCAAAGGAAGGCAAGUGUAGCAGAUAUCGAACGCCAAAAUAUGUACAGUGUUUUUCAACCUAGUUUCAUAUAAUACUGUAGAGACACUGAAGCUGAUGAACAAGUAAAAAAUGAAAGUACUUUUUCGAACUGUCCAUCGGUAACGGAGAUCCCCCACAAUUCUUAUAAGAUCAACAAACUCAGCAAACCCUCGACAGGAAAAGUAGGUUUGUACAUUUGUAUUUCAUUUCACCUACCGAUUCAGAAGGAGAAAGUCAAAAGGUUUAGCUGUGACACACAACGUUCUCUAGCUUCUAUACUUCCCCGUUCUCAAAAGAAGCAAGGAGAUCUUUUAUCGUCACUACUUAGCUCCAGAUAGGUAUUUUUAUAGAGUUACCUGAAUUUCCCCUGGAAUACACUGAUAAACAGUUGUAAAAAUGUGUACAUACGCAUUUGUUUGGUUUUUUAUUUCCUUUUCCUAUGAGGUUGUUGCUUAAAACGAAAAACAGAAGCUUUUCCUCUCGAUCUCGCUUCUGUUCUAUAUGUAUGUUGUAAAUAUAAAUAAGUAGUUCAGGUUACCA